GAUUGGGCUUGGUCAUUCGUGAAAUCUGGAAAAGUUGAACAGGCUUUAGACUUUUCAUUGCUGAAAGAUGGUGAUAAUGUGAAUUCAAAUCCAAAGAGCAUAAUGGAGAGAUUUUUGCUGGUUGGCAUUUUGUGUGCUCAUGUAAUGGUGGCUUUGCGGCCUACCAUUUUGGAUGCACUGAAAAUGUUGGAAGGAGAUAUUGAAGUGCCACCAAUUCCAGAUAGGCCAAUGCCUCUUGGUCACCCUUCAGGUUAUGGCAAUGGCAACGGUAAUACUUUCAGCAUAUCACCAGCUUUGGGCGGGCCAAAAUUGCAUAGUGGAGACAUGCUCAGGUUCAUCAAAGACGAAGAGUGAAGCACUUCAUGGGGUUUGAGUACUUGGAAGAGUCCAACAUUUCUAACCCUUUUAGUUCAACAACAUAGGUUUAGUUGG